UCAUCAUCUUUUACAGUAUCAACAUCAUCAUCAACAUCUUAUUUAUUUAACAACAACAUUUCUGAGAUUUUUAAUCUCACAGUGGAUAAUGAUAUUCCAAGAAUAGUUGAAGAUGCUGCACUCCAUGUUCUUAAGCAAAAGAUGGCUAAAGAUGGUGGACAAGUAGUUGAGUUUAAAAGUGGAGGAUCUAGACCAGUUUUGUUUUCGCUUACUCCAAAAGCAUAUGUUAGCAGUAACCAAGCAUCAAAUACAACUAUAAGAGUCAGAAAUGCUUCUAUCAAAAGACACAUGAAAGUUAUUUCUGGUACAUCCAAUGAUGCAGUUUGUUGCCAAACAUCGAAGCUGAUAAAUUCAUUUCAAGCAGAGACAAAGGGGUUAAUAUUAGAUAACCUAAAUACUGAAAGAGUAGUAAUUAGUGCAACCAACAUGGUAGCAAUGAAAAGCAGAUCUGUGCAUACCUUGGGAAAAGCUUAAAACAAUAUCCAAGUUUUUAUUUUUUUAUAUGAAUUUUAUUAUAUACUAGUUUUUUGUUGCAUGAAAUAUAACUUUUUAUGUUUGUUUAAAGGUGGCUGAAGAGCUUUAAUAUAAAUACAGCAUCACAUUCUUCACAAAGAAUAGUUGCUGAAAAGUUAUCUGGUGAUGACCUAGUUGUAGAAAAUGCACCAUUUACCUUUGAAAAGGAAGAAAAAGGAACAUUCGAAAUAAAAUAUGUAUCUUGGGGCUAUAUUGAAAAUUUACCAAUGCAUAUUUUAAGACAUCUUGAUCAAUUAGAAAGUUGUAAAAGACUUCAUCACCAUGAAUUUAUUCCUGAGAAAGAGAUACAAAUUAAAAUAGGAGGUGAUUAUGGUGGAGGGAGUUUUAAAAUGACAUACCAGGUUGCAAAUACCUUAAACCCAAAUAGCAAAGACAACACCAUAGUUUUUAGCAUUUUUGAGGCAAAAGAUUACAGAGUCAAUGUCAAAGUAGCCAUGUCAAGGUUUGAAAAGCAAAUAGAAGAUCUUCAAAAAAUGAAGUAUAAGGAGGCAUUGUUGUCUUUUCUGUUAUGCGACAGCAAGUGACAUGAAAUUUGGUGAGCAUAAAAGUUCUGAAAUAAAAGAUCGUACCUUAGAAGAUCUGUUUUUGGACCAUGAAAGAUUUAUAGAAAACGGAGG